AUGAAUUGCAAAAAAUGUGAUUCUCCUAAGACUGUGAUUUUGAGAAAAAAGGAUUAUUAUUGUGAUAAUUGUUUUAUGUUAAACACUAAUCAUAAGUUCCGUGCAUGUCUAGGAAAAAAUAAGGUGUUAACUCCGAAUGAAAAUGUAAUGAUUGGACUCUCAGGGGGUGUGGGCUCUACAGUUUUGUUAGAUUUAGUCCAUCAUGCUAUAUCUUUAGAAAACACUAAAAAACUACGGAUAACUCCAUUCUUUAUACAUUUAUAUGAUGAUGAUUGCAGAUGCUUGGCAGAAUCUCUAAUCAAACAAUGUGAGAAGUAUAAUUUUGAUGUUUAUGUGGUACACCUUGCUGUGUAUAUGAAUUCUAAUUAUGAAUUACCUCAAGCAAACACUUUACAAGAUUUUAGUGAAGAAAAUGAAAGGCAAGUCUUUAAGGAUAUGAUGAACAGCAUGCCCUCAUCAGCAGCUAAUGAUUUUUUACUCAAAAUUAAACGCAAUCUCUUAGUUGAGUUUGCAAAGAAAUUGAACUGCAGUGUUAUUUUCACAGCAGAAACUACAAACACUUUAGCAGUUAACUUAUUAUCUAAUUUGGCUAUUGGCAGAGGAUCACAAGUUCAAUAUGACAUUGGAUUUUGCGAUAAUCGCGAUGACAAAGUGAAAAUCAUAAGACCCAUAAAAGACAUCAGCAAUGAAGAAUUGAAUCACUAUAUCUCAAUAAAGCAGUUGACUCCAGUAAAUGACAGUCAUAUCAAAAGUAAUAGCUUACAGUCAGUAAUCUCUUCAUUUGUAUCUGAACUUCAAGAUAACUUUCAAGCCACAAUAUCUACAGUUUGCAAAACAGCUGAUAAAAUUGGAGACCAGAAGGAAUCUAAUACACAUGAGAAAUGCUUAAUAUGUGAGAGUGAUCUUGAUGUAAAAAACAUGAAACUAUCAGCAUUUGAAGCAACAAAUGUUUCGAGAAUGGUUUCCCUUGAAAAUAAUCAGUCUUAUCCAACUUUCGAAAAGACGCCUGAUAUCAUACAUCGUCUGGAAAAUAAUAACAACACUUCAGUUUUCCCACUAAUCAAUAAAUAUCUUUGUUAUGGUUGCAGCAGGAACCAUUCAGAAAUGAAUAUACAUAAAUUACCAAAUCAAUUACAAAAAGCUUUAAGUGCAGAAUAG